AUGUCUUCUCCUCCCAUUCGCUUCCUCUCCAAUUUUCUUCCCAAAUCUCCACAAGGUCUCUCACCUCUCGCCACAAGUCCAUCCAAUCAGCGAAGUGGUUCUUCUUCCUCGUUUCUACAAUCACCAAUCACUACAUUCACUACUGCAAACAACUCUUCGGCACUCACCACUACCACACAACAACAACAACUCCUUCUUUCUUCUUCCACUCCCGUCUACACAUUGAAUGACGUUCCAGAUGAUGUCUAUUUUCUGAUUGCUUCCUUCCUCAUCCCUCGAGUCCCACAACUCUGUGAUGCCAAUGUCAGACUCUAUAUUAGUCUCAUGAUUAAUCUCUCUUCCAUCAGUAUGCGUUGGAGAGAGUGGGCAGAGACCAUCACGGUUCAACAAAACUUUUGGAGAGAUUUUCUCUUUCAAGAGAUGAUUCGAAGAAAUAUUCGGUUGAGUCUUGUUCAUGCUUCAACGUUUUUUCAUAGAGAUUCUUCAUCGUCAUCUUCUUCUUUUGGAUCAUCAUCUUCAUCAUCUUCUAAUAAUAAUAAUUCAAGAAUGAAUGGAGGAGGAGGAAAUCUUACCAUCAUCACGAAAAAGAAUUCCGUGCUGGAGGAUGUCGUGCGUCGAGAGAAGGAACUCCGAUUGGAUUACAUGAUGAAUGGUGGUGCUGUUCAUGAUGACAAUGACCAUGAGGAGGAUGAGGAGGAGGAUGAUUACUUUGCGGAUGAUGUGGGAGGUGUUGUGGGUGGAUUUAAUGAUAUGAAUUCCUUGUUGAGAAGAGGCGAUUAUUUGUCUUACACAAGUGGAGGACCUGCCACCACACAGAGAAUUCUUCUUAAAAUUGCCAUGUAUCCUGAACAAAUCAAACACAUGCUUUUUAAUAUUUCAACUUAUUUCCAUCAUGAAAUUCAUGUGAAUGCUAAAAAGGGAUCUUAUGGAAAACUUGAAAAUGAUUCCAGAAGAAGUAAUGAUAUGUUUUUGUUGUAA